AUGCAUUACUGUGGACCAAAUGUCAGCAAGUCUUCACAAAUCAUUAUUCUUUCUAUCAAUAUCGGUGUCUCAGGCGACAUAUUCUCUCUUUUCGACUACUCUCUAAAUGUAUAUUUAGAUAUUUAUUUUUUCCUUUCGCCAGGUUUCCUUUUUUUAGCUCUUUUUACUGCUUCCUUUUCUCCUUCAGAUUCUCUCUUUUUGACUUCUCUCUAUAUUUUUCUUCUCUUUAGCAUUUUCUUCCUUCGAUUUUCGUUAAAUUUCUCAUUUUUUUUCGGAAUUCUCCAUAAUUCUUCGUUUUUCUUCAUAAUUUCUUCGGCCUCUUUUUUUCACAGUUGUUCUCAAUUUUACUUUUCCUUCCGAAUUCUUUUCCUGUACUUCUUCCCAUUUAAUCUUAAUUUUCUUCCAUUUUUUUUUCUUCAUAAUCCCUACACUUUUUCUUCUUAUUUUUCACGUUUCUUCUCCAAAUAUUUCUUUUCUCUACAAUAUUUUUCAUUCUACUACUUUUCAGGUAUUUUCAUUUCUUCUUCUUCUUCUUCUUCUUCUUCUUCUUCUUCUUCUUCUUCUUCUUCCCAUUAUACUUUUAAUACUAACUCUUUUUCGUCUCUUAUUUUCAUCAACUUUUUUCUUCAUCUUUUUAUUAUUAUUAUUGUUUUCUUCUUCUUACUUUACCUCUUCUUACUUUACCUCUUCUUCUUUCUUUCUUUCUUCUUUCUCUCAUUCUUCUUCCUUUUAAUUCUUUCUCUUACUUCCUCUAUACUUCUACUAAUGUUCUCCUCCUCUUAUUUCUUCUUCUUCUUCAUCGUCUUCUUCUCCUUUAUUUCUCCCUUCUUCUCUUCUUUCUCUCUUUCUUAUCAUCGUCAUCUGCUUUUUCCUUCUUUUUUCUUCUUCCCUCUCCGUUUUCGCUAA